AUGAGGUGUGGCGAGAGCUACAGCGUCAGCGUCACGGGACAGGGCUACAUCUGCACCAGCCCGCCGCCGCCCUGGAAGCGCCUCACCGCCGCUCCAUGUCCACCCACCCUCCUCAGCGUUGACUCCUCCAGCAACUCCAGCGACGUGGUGGUGACCUGGCAGCCUUCAAAGGGAGCGUCCUCUUACCUCGCCGUGGCCCAGAAUGAAGCAGGGCGGAGCUGGAGCUGCGAAUCCCUGGACACCAAAUGUCAGAUCAAUGACCUACCCUGUGGUCAGACCUUCAGCGUCUACGUGUCCGGCCGCAACGGGGACUGUGUGGGAGGCAGGAGUAACCAGGAGAUCAUCCAAACAGCUCCCUGCGUGCCCCAAAACAUCACCACGAGCCUGAACUGCCCCACAGGCUCCCUCAAUGUCAGCUGGGACAUUCUGGGGACUAUGCCAAGAUCUAUUGAGUUUUAUGUAAUAAAUAAAACCGGAACGGUGAUCUACUGCGUUGACAUCGGCUGUCCUCCUGCCAUGCGUACAUGUAUUGUUCCAAACCAACCGUGUGGGCAGAGCUACGACGUGGCGCUGAAAUCUGUGGGGGCCACACGUAACAGUUCACGCAGCGCCCCGCAUCCCGUCACUACAGCGCCGUGCCCCGUGAAGAGCUUCGACACAGUGGUGGACUGCUCCUCUGGGGCGGUGUCUGUGUCCUGGCAGGACGGCGUGGAGGGGGCGCUGUACCAAGUGUCUGCAGAGGGCCCGGACGGGGAGCACGUCUGCAGCAGCUCAGCUGGGGGCUGCGAUCUGGAUGCUCUGCAGUGCGGCUCAAACUACAGCGUGACCAUCACACCGUCCCAGGACGGAUGUGUGGGCGCUCGGAGCGCGCCGCAAACUGUCACUACAGUGCCGUGUGUGCCGCAGCUGAAUGAAGUGGAGGUGGACUGUCUGACUACCGCCGUGUGGGUGACGGGCGCGCAGUCAGCCGGAGCACAGGAUUACCUCAUCACAGUCACGGACAGUGUGGGUGGCGUCCAGACGUUCCAGUGCGACUCCAUCUUAGAGAACAUGUGUUUCCUUCCUCCUCUUGCCUGCAGCCGGGACUUCAGCUUCAGUGUGCAGGCCCGUGACAGCCAGUGCUCCAGCGCAUACAGCAAUGCCAUGGAGGCAGAGACAGGCCCCUGCUCUCCCGUGGGCAUCAUCAGUAAAGCGGACUGUAACCAGAAUGUCGUCUCCAUCUCGUGGGACAGUGUUCCUGGAGCCGUGUCCUACACCGCCACACUGGAGGACUUUGCCGGAAAGACGGACUGCUGCACGUCCAGCAACAACACAUGUGACAUCAGCGGCCUGCCCUGUGGACACAUGUACGUCCUGCUGGUGACGGCGGAGGGCAGGGCCUGCAACAGCUCUGAGAGCAGGGAGAUGGCCCGCACAGCUCCAUGCGUGCCUGAGAAACUGGACUACAGUCUAAGCUGCAGCAGUAACGUGGCCUCGCUGUCAUGGAACCACAGCCUGGGUGGUCAGCUGUACCGUGUGAGCGCGUUGAGCCAGGACAACUACACCGACCAGUGCUCCAGCCACGAGAACCGCUGCGACCUCAGCCAGCUGCAGUGCGGUCAGACCUACACCGUCAACGUGGCCGCAGAGGACAUGGACUGCUCCAGUCGGCCCAGCCAGAGUGUGUCCAUCAAGACCAUUCCAUGCACGCCUCAGGACCUGUCCUCCUCCGUGGACUGUGGAGACAGAAGCUUGAUGGUCUCAUGGACGGACAGUGCUGGUGCUGACUCCUACAUCGCCCGAGUGGAGGACAGUUACGGCCAGAGCACCAGCUGCCAGGCCACAACAGAGGGCCAGUGCAGCCUCAAUGGCCUGGGCUGCGGAAACAUCUACCACGUUACCCUGGUGGCCUCGGACGGUUACUGCAACAGCCAGCCUACCGAUAUGGUUGACACUCCAUCAGCACCGUGCCAGCCUGAGCGGCUCAGUGCAGUGCUGGACUGUGGGCAGAGCUCGGCCCUGGUGUCCUGGUACCCGAGCGACGGGGCCCUUUUCUACAUCGUUACGGCCGUGGCCGACUCAGGCCAUGUGUCCGUCUGCCGCACUGACGACAGCACCUACUGCAGUCUGGAGCAGCUGGAAUGUGGGGACAGCUACUCCAUCCAGGUCCUGGCUGUGGGAGAGGCCUGCAACACCACUGCAGACAUGAGCGGGGUCUUGGACACCGAUCCUUGUGUCCCGGAGAUCUUGAGCACGGACUACAGCCUCUCCAUCGGACAGGUGCUGUGGGCCUCCACGGCCGGGGCAGACUACUACACUGUGGAGGCAGUGACGGACCAGGGCUUAAGCUCUCAGUGUGAAACCAACGAUACGUACUGUGCCCUCUACGACAUCCAGUGCAGUCAAACGUACAGGGUCAGCCUCACCGCCCGGAGCCAUAGCCAGUGCAGCGAAGGCGUCCAGUCCAACCAGAGCUCCUCCAUCACAUCAGAGCCGUGCCCGCCCCAGGAAGUCCAGGUCAGCGUAAAGUGCCAGACCAACAUGGGGGUCAUAAGCUGGGAGCCCAGUGUGGGGGCCCGGGCGUACGAGGCCAAGCUCUCAGGACGGAAUGGCCAAAUACUGCAGUGCUACACAGAGGAGACAUUCUGCCACGUGGAAGGGUUGGCGUGCGGCACCGUGUACUAUGUCGAGGUCAUCGCCGUUGGGGACAGACUGAACAGCUCUGGGUCAGACACGGCCACGCUCCACUCGGCUCCAUGCCCAGUGGAAAACGUCAUGGCAGAUCUCGAUUGUUACAACAACAGCGCAGCGGUCAGUUGGAGUCCGGCCUCAGGAGCCACUUCCUAUGAAAUAAUCGCUACAGCAGUGAGCGGUCAGCGGGUGUCGUGUGUGGGGAAUGAAACUGAGUGUGAGCUGGAGGCUCUGGAGUGUGGAGAGACCUACAGCAUCCAGGCCGUGUCCCGCAGCGAGGCGUGCGGGGUGGAGAUGGACACUGGGGUCACUGUCCAGACGCGCCCAUGUAAUCCGCAGCAUGUGGCCGUGGACUUGGAUUGUGGCGCAGCGACUGCCUCUGUGUUCUGGGAGGACGUGGAUGGAGUGGACAAAUACAAUGCCACAGCUGUGUCCAGUGAAGGGGUCACAUCGUACUGCAGCUCUGCCAUUUCCCCCUGCCUCUUCUCUGACCUCCAGUGUGGACAGUCCUACACGUUCUAUGUAGAAGCCAGCAGCGACCUGUGCUUCAGCGAGCCGAGUGAAACAGCAGAGGCACAAACAGGGCCUUGUCAGCCGAGUGGGCUGGAAGUUCUGGGCUCAUGCAACAACAACACAGUGGAGGUGGGCUGGUCCCCCGCAUCUGGCGCUGAGUGGUACACGGUGUAUGUCUCUGGGGACCUGGGAUACACCCUAUCUCUGCGCACAGACGACACGGUAACCACAGCAGAGCUGCCGUGCGGACAGAUGUACAACUUCAGCGUACGCGCACACGACAGCACCUGCUCCAGUGUCAUCAGCAACUUUGUGGAGAUGCAAAGAAGCCCAUGCAUGCCGGUGGCUGUGCAGAGCUACAUUGCCUGUGAAGACUCCAUUGGUGGCGUGAGCUGGGGCCCUGCUGAUGGCGCCGAGUACUACAUCGCCUUUGCCGUAGGGCUGAACGGCUCCUCCGAGGUCUGCACUACCAACGAGACCUGGUGCCAGUGGGACGACCUGAGCUGCGGGGAUUUCUACACCGUCUACGUCACAGCCCACAACGGGGAAUGCGACAGCGCCGAGAGCAACGAGACAACCAUCAGAACAGCUUCUUGUAUUCCUCAGAAUUUGGUGUCAACUUUCAACUGCUCCUUGAAGGUGGGCGAGCUGUCUUGGGAUGCCGUCACCACAGCAGAUUACUACAUUGCGACCGCAGAGAGCAACAGUGGGCACAGGAUGCAGGUCAGCACCAACGACACGUGGGCAUUCUUCUCCGAGUUCUCCUGUGGGGAGGAGUACUUUCUGUCUGUGCAGUCUGUGGAUGAUCACUGCACCAGCAAGCACAGCCCCACCUCCAAGCUGCAGUCAGAGCCCUGUCCUCCCAUGGGCGUGAGCAGCUUCAUGAACUGUGUGGCCAACAUCGCAGUUGUGUCCUGGAACAGCUCUGCGGGGGCCGACUACUACACUGCCACAGUGACGUCUGAAGAGGGCACGUCCCACACUUGUUGGUCUGACGGGGAGGAGCAGUGCGGCAUCCCCAACCUCCGCUGUGGACACAACUACAGCGUUAGUGUGGUGGCCUCCAACAAAGCCUGCAAUUCAGAGCCCAGCCAAGAGGGCCAGCUCAAGUCAACUCCGUGCGUCCCCACCGACGUCCAGGUGAUGAUGGACUGCGGCGACAACAGCGCCCUGGUGUCAUGGUCCGCCAGCGAGGGUGCACUGAGGUACACGGUGAUGGCCCAGGGCUCCAACGGCUCCGUGUCCAGCUGUGAGACCGCUGGGCUGUCCUGCACCCUGGCCGACCUGCAGUGUGGUCAGCAGUACAGUGUGCAGGUCGUGGCCCGGGACGAGAUCUGUGCCAGUCUGCCCAGCCCGGCCACGUCCUUCCCCUCAGUUCCUUGCACUCCGGACAUGGGUUCUGUGGCAAUAGAUUGCGGCACUGACACGUUCCUCGCUGAUUGGCUAUUCUCCGAGGGCGCAGAGAAUUACACAGUCACUGCGCUGUCGGCCAAUGGUGACGUGUCCAGCUGCAGUUCUUCUUAUCCAACAAACUGUGAGCUGAGCAGCCUGAAGUGUGGCCAGCUCUACAACGUGAGUGUGGCGGCCACCAACCGCCUGUGCAGCAGCCCUCCCAGUGACGGGGUGCAGGCCUACUCAGCCCCUUGCCCUUCCCAGGGCCUGAGCUGCUCUCUGAACUGCCUCUCGAACACCAUCAGUGUGGGGUGGCAGCAGAGUACAGACGUGGACUUCUACCAGGUGGAGGCACUGGGGGUGGAGGAAGAUACAGCCAGCUGCACCUCCACCUCUGACUCUUGUGUCCUGGAUGAGCUCCGCUGCGGCUUCACCUACAACAUCAGCCUCACGGCCUACAACCCUGUCUGCAAUGUGUCCAGCCCCGUCAUCCAGCAGCUCUCAGGUACUCCAGCCCCGUCAUCCAGCAGCUCUCAGGUACUCCAGCCCCGUCAUCCAGCAGCUCUCAGGUACUCCAGCCCCGUCAUCCAGCAGCUCUCAGGUACUCCAGCCCCGUCAUCCAGCAGCUCUCAGGUACUCCAGCCCCGUCAUCCAGCAGCUCUCAGGUACUCCAGCCCCGUCAUCCAGCAGCUCUCAGGUACUCCAGCCCCGUCAUCCAGCAGCUCUCAGGUACUCCAGCCCCGUCAUCCAGCAGCUCUCAGGUACUCCAGCCCCGUCAUCCAGCAGCUCUCAGGUACUCCAGCCCCGUCAUCCAGCAGCUCUCAGGUACUCCAGCCCCGUCAUCCAGCAGCUCUCAGGUACUCCAGCCCCGUCAUCCAGCAGCUCUCAGGUACUCCAGCCCCGUCAUCCAGCAGCUCUCAGGUACUCCAGCCCCGUCAUCCAGCAGCUCUCAGGUACUCCAGCCCCGUCAUCCAGCAGCUCUCAGGUACUCCAGCUCCGUCAUCCAGCAGCUCUCAGGUACUCCAGCCCCGUCAUCCAGCAGCUCUCAGGUACUCCAGCCCCAUCAUUCAGCAGCUCUCAGGUACUCCAGCCCCGUCAUCCAGCAGCUCUCAGUACUCCAGCCCCGUCAUCCAGCAGCUCUCAGGUACUCCAGCCCCGUCAUCCAGCAGCUCUCAGGUACUCCAGCCCCGUCAUCCAGCAGCUCUCAGGUACUCCAGCCCCAUCAUUCAGCAGCUCUCAGGUACUCCAGCCCCGUCAUCCAGCAGCUCUCAGGUACUCCAGCCCCGUCAUCCAGCAGCUCUCAGGUACUCCAGCCCUGUCAUUCAGCAGCUCUCAGGUACUCCAGCUCCGUCAUUCAGCAGCUCUCAGGUACUCCAGCCCCAUCAUUCAGCAGCUCUCAGGUACUCCAGCCCCGUCAUCCAGCAGCUCUCAGGUACUCCAGCCCCGUCCUUCAGCAGCUCUCAGAAUGUGCGCGCCGAGUUAGACUGCGAGACACGAGACGUGCAGGUGACAUGGCAGACCACCAAGGGGGCACUCAGCUACAGGACGGUGGCCCAGAGCGCGGGCGGCUUCAUCGAGGUGUGCAACAGCAGCGUCACAUGGUGCUCCUUCACCCAGCUGGCCUGCGACAUGAACUACACCUUCACCGUCGUGGCCUCAGACGACCAGUGCAGCAGCCACGCCAGCGACGCCGUAGAGCUGUACACAGGUCCCUGUGAUCCUCAGAGUGUCAUGGCCAGUAUAGUGUGUGAGAACAACACUGGGCUGGUGUCCUGGGAGGAGGCCGAUGGAGUGAGCUCAUACUCUGUCCACGGCCACGGCCCUGAUGGUCACGCGCCCUCAUGCAUCACCGAGGGAACCAGCUGCCGGCUGGACAACAUGCACUGUGGACAGACCUACAACCUCACGGUCACUGCCAACGAUGGUACCUGCGAUAACAGCCAGAGCCACCUCACUCUGGACUCAGCCCCGUGCAGUCCGACAAACGUCGGUGUGUCGUUUCUGUGCGCCUCCCGUACCGGUGCAGUCACGUGGGAGCAGGCCAGUGGGGCCAGCUCGUACACAGCCACGGCCGUAUCAGCAGACGGCAGCCACACCUCCACAUGCACCAACAACCAGACGUACUGCGAUCUGAGCGACCUGCAGUGCGGCACCCUCUACAGCGUCAGUGUGCGCGCCUCACAUGGGUCCUGCUCCAGCGGCGAGAGCGCGGCAGACACCGUGCGCACAGCUCCUUGCCCUCCAGAGGACGUACAGGUGACUGAGCAGUGUGCCGCUGAAUCCAUGACUGUGUCCUGGACUCCAAACCCGGACGCAGACUACUUCACCGUGGCCGGCCUCAGCAGCAGCGGAGAGAGACUGAGCUGUAACACCACAGCUGUGUCCUGCCUCUUCAGCAGCCUGCCCUGUGGUCAGACCUACCGCAUUAAUGUGACCACGCACAGGAACAACUGCCCCAGCACCGCCAGCAACACCCUGACCACCAGCUCAGCCCCUUGCGUCCCCACAGACAUCCGAGGGAACCUGGACUGUGUGACCAACUCUGCCUGGAUCUCAUGGACUGAGUCAGAGGGAGCCACCGUGUACUCAGUGUUGGCUCAAGCCGUGGGAACAGAACACAACUCGUCCUGCUCCUCGACCACUUCCCCGUGCAGCGCCCCAGACCUUCUCUGUGGCACGCUGUACAACAUAAAGCUCACGGCCCAGAACCAGUACUGCUCCAGCCGGCCCGCGGCCAGCUUCCAGCUCGAGACAGCCCCGUGCGCUCUCACCUCGAUCGAUGCACUGACCCAGUGCGACAGCAGCGUCAUCACGGUGCAGUGGCAGAUGUCUGAAAACACGCCCGUGUACGUGGUCACUGCCGAGGGCCACGACAUGAGCCUCAUCCUCUGCAACAGCACCACAGACUCCUGCCAGCUCCAAGACGCCAAGUGUGGCAUGCAGUACAGCGUCAUCGUGUCCACCAGCUCUGACAAGUGCAGCAGCCGCCGCAGCCCACCCACCAAGGUCCACACUGCUCCUUGCGCUCCUCAGAAUGUGACAGCGGUGCAGGUGUGCGGCGCUGGUGGAUUGGCCGUGUCCUGGGACCUGUCCCAUGUGGCCAGUGACUACAGAGUGGAGGUGACCGGAGAGGACUUCAGUGACACCUGCAACACCAGCUUCGGUAACUGCACCCUGAGCGCACUGCCGUGUGGAGCGGACUUCCAGGUGGUCGUCUACGCUCUGACGCAGAACUGCACCAGCCCUGGGACAACGGUGACCUACACCUCUGGCCCAUGCCCUCCAUCCGGCCUCACACUGGCCUAUGACUGUGAAAGCCUCUCUGCUGCCCUCUCCUGGGACUCCAGCGAAGGUGCUGCGCGCUACUUUGUCAGUGCUCAGACUGGACAAGACACUCCCCAAUACUGCUCCAGCACAGGGCUGUCCUGCACCAUCUCGGAUCUCGUCUGCGGACACAACUACUCCUUUAUUGUGGAGGCCUCCGAUAAUGUUUGCAACAGCUCCUUUGGGACCCCGAUAGUAGCAGGAGCAGUCCCCUGCGCCCCAGAGGGCAUCAUGGUGCGCAUGCAGCUGAUGGAGGGUCGCUUCUGGGCCAUGAUCUCCUGGGAGCCCGUCUCCUGUCAGCCAGUGGAGUACCAGGUGAUCAUCGUGGGGCACAUCAACGACGAUGUCCAGACCCAGAUGCACAUGACCUCGUACUGGCAUGAGCGGCCCUACUACGAGACGCCCGUGCCCGACAGCUCUACCUACAAGAUCAACGUGUAUGCACGCAACGCGGCGGGAGUCAGCGAUCCCAGCUACACCAAGACUGGAAGCACAGUCCCGGCCACCCCUACAAAUGUGGUCUACAACCAACUCACCUCAGAGCUGUCCUGGGACGCCUCUGUGCUGGCUGACUACUACAGCGCAUCCACGGUGGACGGGGUUGGACUGUGUGAGACCGCUUUACUCUCCUGCAUUGCCACUGCAGAUCCUGCUGACAUCAGACUGACUGCAAGCAACUCAGCUGGGAGAAGUCUGCCAGCUGCCCCCACAGUUCAAGCACGCAGGAGAAGAGCCCUGUUUGACAUGGACAUUAACACAGACCAAAAAUUAUCCAGUCCCACGGUGGUCAGCACAAGCCUGCACAACACCUCGCUCACGGUCACAUGGACCCCUGUGGACAGAGCUGCAGAGUACGUCGUCAUGGUGACGAGGCAUAACGGCCAGCCUCGGACCCACAACGUCUACGCCCCCCAGACAGAGCUGUCCGUGAACGGCCUCAGGCGCAACACGCAGUACUGCCUCCAGGUGGCAGCAAAGAACAAUCUGAGUCAGAGCGCCUACUCCAAGCCCCCCACGUGCACAUCCACCUGA